AAAAAAAAAAAUUGCAGUCCGUAACAAAUUUUGGCAACAUUUUUUGCUAUUACUACAUACGGCGCCUCACAGCUGACUAAUGUGUCCCCAGUUUUCGGCGAUAACUCGGCCUCGUCGUAGUUCAUCUUAAAUUUAAAAAAAAAAAUCGUAGUCGUAUUUUUCAGUUUUAUUUCAUUCUGAUUACUCGAGCGGUAACCUACUUGCACCAUCCCAAUUCAUGACAAUUCAAUUUUACGUCAAUAUUUUUUUAAAAGAAAGGUGUCUAGCUCCCUUUUGUGAAAUAUGCACAACAAUUUCAUUAAUUUUCACAAAUAGAGCCAAGGGGUAAUAAGGAUUGAAAAUUUUUUUCUAAAAAAUAAGUGUUGUUGCAAUCUUUAAAUUUAAGAAAGUGCAUGUAUAUGCGACGUUUUUAACAUUUUCAACAUUAUAGCGACAGCAGCCCAUGGCUACAGGUAAGCCGGUAAGGUAACAGGUAAACUUGUAGGCUUUAGCCUAGCUGCUAUAUCUUUUAAGUAUUUAACAUCUCGCCAGUUUUAAAUUUGGAGCUUAAAAUUGGUUUUGAAUCGAAAUUCCAAUUUAUCAAUAUAAAUAUCAAAUAUUCACGAUUUCACGGAAAUUCACGCAAUUCAUUAAAAUUCGUUAUAUCUGGCAUCGCUGUCUGUGGAUCAUCUAUUUUUGUCUGUUGGGAAUAAAUCAAACAUCUGCAGUUUAAAAAAAUCGUAAAAGGGUAUUGAAUAUUGUCUCUGCUAAUAAUUUACAGUAUCAUUAAAAAAAAAGAAACACUGGUUUUGGAAGAAAAAUUUAUGAUGGCAGAUUCCUCUGAAAUCAAACUUAAAUCUACACCAGGAGAUGGGAUUUCGGCAGUUCGUUUCUGCCCUAAUUCAACCCCGUAUCUUUUAGUUUCUUCUUGGGAUGGAUCUGUACGAUUGUAUGAUUGUUUCACAAACAAUCAAAGGUUACGUUACAAUCAUGACCGUGCUGUCCUUGAUGCCUGCUUUCAGGAUACCAUACAUUCUUUGAGUGGAGGCCUUGAUGGUGUUUUGAAAUUGUGUGACCUGAACAGUAAUUCAGAAAGCAUUUUGGGUAUUCAUCAGGAUUCAAUAAGAUGUGUUGAAUAUUCAACAGCUGUUAACCAAGUUUUUAGUGGAAGCUGGGAUGCUUCCAUCAAAUCUUGGGAUCCAAGAUCAAAGGCAUGUUUAGGCACACAUAUGCAAGGGGACAGUGUUUACACUAUGGCUCUGAAUGAAGAAAAAUUGGUUGUAGGUACUGCUGGAAGAAGGACUUUAGUUUGGGAUCUCAGAAACAUGAGCACUGCUCUUCAAAAGAGGGAGUCAAGUCUGAAAUAUCAGACUAGGUGUAUCAAAUGCUUUCCUAGUAGACAGGGAUUUGUUUUGAGCAGUAUUGAAGGUCGAGUAGCAGUAGAAUACUUUGAUCCUAGCCCAGAAGUGCAAAAGAAAAAAUAUGCUUUCAAGUGUCAUCGGAUCAAGGAAGGAGACAUCGAGUGUUGUUACUCAGUUAAUGCUAUCAGUUUUCAUUGUGGCUUCAACACUUUUGCAACUGGAGGAUCUGAUGGUCAUGUUAACAUUUGGGAUGGCUUCAACAAAAAGAGACUUUGUCAGUACCGUCGAUAUCCCACAUCUAUAUCUUCACUCUCGUUUAGCUUUGAUGGUUCUCUUCUGGCUAUUGCUAGUUCUUACAUGUAUGAACAAGGAGAACCGUCAUCUGCUGGGAGCCCAGAAGAUGCUAUUUACAUACGCAAGGUCCAAGAACACGAAGUUAAACCAAAAUAGUUUGGCACGCAAUACGUUUCCAAGUUUGGCUUGUUCAAUAAUACUAUGAUCAUUAUUUUUUUUACUGUAGGUCUGUAGUUGUCAUUGUCGAAUGAAAGAUGACCGAAUACAUGGCUUUUUUAAAAAUCUUU